CAUGGCGGCGCCCUUCUAAAUCCUGCUGGGUCACCGAAAAUUGGAAUAGCGCCCUGUAUUGUAUUCCCUUUCCUGAAUGGAGGAGGAGCUCCGUACGGGAUUGACGUCAUAAGGCCGUUCGUUUAUCCGACGUUGUGUGUGCCCCUCUACGCCGAGAAUCUGCUGUUGGAUCAAGCAAAAAAUAUAAAAAUUGCUGAUUUUGGAUUCAGCAACUAUUAUGAUCCUGACGGUGGGCAUUUAUCGACGUGGUGUGGAAGUCCUCCGUAUGCCGCUCCGGAAGUUUUCGAAGGAAAACAAUACGUUGGUCCUGAAAUCGAUGUUUGGAGCUUAGGUGUAGUGCUUUAUGUCCUCGUCUGUGGAGCGUUACCAUUCGAUGGAUCAAGUCUGCAUUGUCUGCGUGACAGAGUAUUAUCCGGAAGAUUUUGGGUUCCGUACUUCAUGUCAACUGAGUGUGAAAAUUUAGUAAGAAAAAUGCUUGUUGUCGAACCUACAAAACGCUAUUCUCUGGACGAAGUGAAGAAGCAUCCUUGGAUGAACAUGGGCGAUCCGCCGAAACUUCUUCCACCACGACCAGAUAUUCAGAUGGAUCUCAAUAAUCAAAUAGUGCGCUUAAUGCAAAGUCUGGGUAUCGACCAAUCGGUACAGAAAAGGAAUUUCGAUCACCACUCCGCGAUAUACAUGCUUUUGGUGGACAAAUUGCAUCAGCAUCACAGCACCGGUGUAUCAGCGGUUUCAUCAGAAGCCUCUGGCCAAAGACGUCCAAGUUGUGUGGCUGACAAUGCGAUUAUGCGACGUAUCGUCGAUCCUUCUUCCUUACUUCCUUCAACUGGUCGCCGGGAACUUGUCCGAAUGGAGACCUCACCAGACUCGCAUCUCUCCACCGUUCCGUCGAAUGCAUUAUACUCUGAACCUUCAGCCCCGUUCGGACUAAAUGUCGUUCACGAAGACCAAGUGGCAGACACGAGUCCCUACAAAGGAUUGUCCAUUGAUGAAGGCGUCGAGUGCGAAGCUGAUAUGUCGGUGUCAAGCUCGAGCUUGAGUCUGUGUGAUUCAGUACACGUUCGUGGGCGUAUUUUGCAUCAAAUGUCUCACCAGUACAGCAGAGACUCUGGUGUUUCUGGUCCGUACAUGUCGGACGCGUCUCCUCGUGGCAGCAUGGUUAGCUCCAUGUUUGAAAGCUUCGACUCGCAGCAUACUGACGGGGGACAAGCAUCGUGUGUGGGUGAUAUGAAUUCGGAGACAGAGUGGGGAGUGGGUCAGGCAGGUCAGCCUGAGAGUAUCGGCAGGAUGGUUGCAGUGUUGGACAGUGGAGAUGGACAGGCGACAGGCGAAUUAUGGGAAUCGAGGGACGAGUUUGUGGGUGGCUUAGUGGACCUGUGCGAAGGUCAAGAUUUGUUUGAAGGAUCCGUCACGCAGAGGCUGAAUGAACCCGGAAAAUGUGAAACGCUGAUAACCGAAUCUUCACUGACCAAAAGCAGCGAUGCGUAUCGGGGAUUCAUGAGAUCCGAAGAACAGGCGAGCCAUGAUCAGAUGGUGAAUACAGGA